AUGGUCGCUCGCGUCUGUGCUACACUGCUGCUGGCCCUGGCCAUGUUCGGAAGCUGUGCUCUGGCUCGUCCCGGAUACGCUGUUGAUUAUUAUGAUCAUCCCAAGUACGCUUUCAACUACGGUGUCGCCGACCACAGUACCGGUGAUGUGAAGUCGCAACACGAAACUCGUGACGGAGACGUUGUAAAGGGACAAUACUCCCUCGUCGAGCCGGACGGUUCCGUGCGUACCGUGGACUACACCGCCGAUCCGAUCAACGGAUUCAACGCGGUAGUGUCAAAGACGGCCCCACUCGUCCACGCUCAUGCUCCCGUCGUCAAGCACGUUGUCCCGGCAGUGAAGGCCGUCCACCACCACGUACCAGCCGCUCCCGUUCUACAGAAGGUCGUCUAUGCUCACGAGCCACUCCUUCAUGUUGCGAAGACCGCCCACUACACCGAACACGCACCGGCUGUACACUACGGUGACUACCAUGAUGGAUACUAUGGCCACUACGAUGAUAGCCACUACUACUAA